UCGCUCGGAAGUCCAAAGGCGCUAGUCCGUCUAGCUCUGUCGCCUCCGGCUCUCCGCCGCUGCAGGUACUCUGUCCCUGUCUGAUCCCCUCUGCCACCGCUGCCGCCCGCAGGUCCUCUCCGCGUGCGGUGCGGUGCGGCCGCUGUACUGUACUGUACCCCGCUCCGGUAGCCGGACGCGCAGGCAACGCCAGAACGAAGCAUCGCCUCGAGCGCGCAGCGCCGCCGGCUUCUCUUGGCUAUAGGAAAACGAAAUUUUGGCCCUGCCAAACUAUGGUGUCUGGGAGCUGAAAAUCUGCACCCACAUCCACAUGCCUGCUUUUGCUGCAUCGGAAGAUCCUGCCUUAGCUGUAAACAUGAUGUAGGUCAUCUGACCUUUUAUCAAAAUAUUGUUGUUUCCACACGAUGCCACCGAGGUCAUCGGAAGCCUGCUAAUAUUUAAUCGUGUUUCCUGAAUAAAGCUCACCUUGUGUUUGGCAUCAAAUUUGCCUUGGAUAGAUGUUGGAGAGACACCACUCAAACACAUGCCACAGUUAGCCAGCCUAUAUGUUUGCAAAAUUGUUCAAAUAGCAAUGUUUGUAUCGAGAGGAUAUAGAGGCACAGGUAACUGCAAAUGGAUCACCAAAUCAGAGUUCGCCGAAGUGACCUGGAAAGCAUGUUAUUAGAUGAAAGUGUACAGCCCAGGGACCUUCCAUUACCACUUUUAGAAGACAUCACAGGAGGCUUCUCCUGUGAUCAAGAAAUUGGCAGAGGUGGGUUCGCCGUGGUUUAUAAGGGAACUCUUAAGAAUGGCGCAGUCGCUGUAAAGAAGUUGAUCAACACACAUAUUCAUGAGAAUAAGUUCCAGCAAGAGGUUGGUUGUCUCAUGAAGGCGAAGCACAAAAAUGUUGUGCGGUUUCUGGGAUACUGUGCUGAUACACAAGGUAAAAUGGCUAACUACAACGGGAAAUUUGUCAUGGCAGAUGUACAACAAAGAUUGCUAUGCUUUGAAUAUCUACCAAGGAGUCUUGAUGUUUAUAUUAUAGGUGCAUCUAAACAGCUUGAAUGGGCAAAGUUAUACAAAAUAAUCAAGGGUAUCUGCCAGGGUUUGCAUUACCUUCAUGAGAACAAAAUUGUACAUCUAGAUAUCAAACCUUCCAAUAUACUGCUGGAUGAUAAUAUGGUACCAAAAAUUGCUGAUUUUGGUCUCUCAAGGUGCUUUGACGAAAACCAAAGUCGGGCUGUUACUUCAAAAUUGAUUGGGUCAAUGGGAUAUAUGGCACCAGAAUUCAUUAGUGGGGAAAUCACAUUCAAGUCAGACAUAUAUAGCCUUGGUGUUAUAAUCACAGAAAUAUUGACAGGAAAAAAGGGGUAUGCUGAAAUUGAUAAUGUACUUGAAAGUUGGAGGAACAUGGUGGGGAUAUCACAAGGAAACAAAGAGUUGGAACAAAUAAGAGUAUGCGCUGAGAUUGGAUUAGAGUGCAUCGACAGUAAUCCUAGGAGAAGGCCAACUACAGAGCAUAUACUUGACCGACUUUAUCAAAUGGAAAGUACAAACCUGUCCACAGAAACUAGUGAGAAUAGUACAUCAGUAAUGACUCAACCAGACUGUUACAUCAGCGAAGGGUGUCACCCAUCUGCUUCCACAGCCAAAAACCCCAAUGAUGAGCCAUCAGUUAAGCAGAAAAAGGAUUCUAAAUAUCAACAGGAAUCUGUGAAUAAUCAAUGCAGUGGCUAUUACACAUGGGAAGAAAUAAAAACAGAAAAGGGAGACAAUUAUUUCAAUGCCAGUUUCCACGAUGAUCAAACGAGCAAAAAAUUGGACUACUUUGUGGUAGUAGAUUUUAAGGCGACUUGUAAGAAGGGCAAGCAGAUCAACCCACAGGAGAUCAUUGAGUUCUCAUCGGUGCUCGUCAGCGGCUCCACUGGCCAGCUAGAGUCCACAUUCCACACCUAUGUCCGACCACGGCUGCACCCCAAACUGACAGACUACUGCAGGGACCUCAACGGCAUCAGGCAAAAAGAUGUCGAUGCCGGCAUGGAGCUAGCUGUGGCGCUUCGGAUGCAUGGCACAUGGCUGCAGGAGAUGGGGACAAAGAAAUCUUCUCACUUUUGCUUCGUUGUGGUAACGUGGGGGAAUUGGGACUGCCGGAGCAUGCUGGAGCCGGAGUGCCGGCUCAAGGGGAUUGACAGGCCUCUAUACUUCGACCGGUGGAUCAACCUGAGGAUCCCCUUCGUGGCGACAUUCGGCGGCAGCAAGCCGAAGGCUGAUUUGGCAGAUGCAGUCAGGAUGGUAGGGAUGGAGUGGGAGGGUCGCCCGCGUGGUGCGUCUGAUGACGCGCGCAACACAGCUCUGCUUCUUAGGGAGCUGAUGCGGCGGGGCGUUGAGCUAGGCAUCACAAGCUCACUAGUGCCGAUGCUGGCACCACAGCUGCUGUAGUUCCAGGGACAGUGGCCUGACCGCCAUUGGGAGCAAUGUGCAUGAUAUAAUACCUCUCAUAUGUCUGAAUUGUUACCUGUUAGCGUGGAAUUUAUAUUGGAGUUCAUCAUGUCAGAAUACGAGUCUUGGAGCCAAUCAUGGAACAUGUAUGUACAUUAUAUUGUUUAGUCACGACUCACGACUCAUGAGUCAGCAGUCAGUUCUUUGAGAAA